AAUAAUGGUGGAGUUAUGGACCCAGAAGGUCGUCGACUCGUCGCACACCUCACACACACUACUUUAAAGUGACUGGAGAGGAUCUGUAGCGUUUACUCCUCGGUCCUCACUGUCUCUUCCCCUCCCUUCAAGUUUCAAAGCUCAUACUAUACUGCUGCUGUACUCUGAUCACUAGCUUUUAAUGGAUCUUUUAUGGCAUCACACAUCUUUAUCAUCUGUAAAAGCUUAAUUGCUAUGAACUGUAACAAUAGCGAUUUAUAACUGCCCCUUUCCUCUCCCAUCCUCUACUGAUCCAUUUCCUGUUCUUGUUCUUACAGUUUCGUUCUUAUGUCAUUACCCAAAAGUUUCUGUGACCUCACCCUCUUCGUCUCCGAUCGGGUAUUGUUUACAGAGUUCAGGCUCCUUUUUCUUCAAUCCAGGAUUUCUCUAGGUACAUGGAGAUGUCCUGGAGAUUGGUUUUCUUCUGCAACACCAUUUCCAGAGCGAAUCCGAUGAGAUGAGACGGGAUCUGGUGUUGUUUGAGACUUUGAGUUAUAUUUCCUUUAAAGUUUUGUUUUGUUGUUUGAUUUAUUUGAUUAAUUGAUCUGUUUUACUUGAGAUGAAUCCUUUGUGCUGCAUUGCUCCUGUUUCGAUCGAUCGGGAGCGUGGUAACCCUGCAAUAACGAAGUCUGCGACACAGCCCCAGUUAGGGUUGGAUAGCUCUGUUAAAAAUGUGGGAUUUGGUUCGAACAAACAGAGUUUUACUACCCAGGUUUCGUCUGUGGGUACUGAUUCCGAUUAUGGGGCGUCUGUGGCGGGGAAUCAUGAGGUGGAAGAGAAAGGGGCUGAAGGAAGAGAUUCGAAGGGCUGCUGCGGUAGCAGCAUUGCGAAUGGUAGUGUUGCUGGGAUUCUUUACAAAUGGGUAAAUUACGGAAAGGGGUGGAGAUCUAGGUGGUUUGUGCUUGAGGAUGGGGUCCUUUCGUAUUACAAGGUUCAUGGACCGGACAAAAUCUCGAUUAGUCCAGUGACAGUGAGAGAGAAGGGCGUUAAGGUGAUUGGAGAGGAAUCGCUAAAGUAUAUGCGGAAGGCCAACUUGGGUAAUGGCUCCCGUGGAUCCGUAAAGCAGUGGAAGCCGUUCGGGGAGAUUCACUUAAAGGUUUCUUCAAUUCGUGCAAGUAAGUCAGAUGAUAAAAGACUUUCCAUAUUCUCAGGCACCAAGACUCUUCACUUGCGGUGUUUAUCUAGAGAGGACAGGGCCGCAUGGAUUGAGGCACUCCUGGCUGCUAAAGAUCGUUUCCCUAGAUUGCUGACAAGCAGUGACUUUUCACCCACUGAAGAAAUUGUCAUUUCAACUGAAAAGCUAAGAUCACGGUUACUGCAGGAAGGGCUGAAUGAAACAGUCAUUAAGGACUGUGAAUCUAUCAUGCUUUUGGAACUGUCUCAGUUGCAAAAUCAGUUAGAGGCUCUUCAACAUAAACAUGUUUUCAUCCUAGACACAUUGAGACAAUUAGAGACAGAAAAAGUAGAGCUGGAAACCACUGUAGUGGAUGAAACGAAGGAGCGAGAAUCAUAUUAUGGACAAGGAAAUGGAAGAUUUAGUGAUUUCCAUUCGAUCCUGUCAGAAGGUAGCGCAAGUGAUUUUGAUCCAGAUAAUGAGAGUCAAGAUGGCGUAGAUGCUGAAACAGAUGAAGAUGAUGGAAUAUAUUUUGAUACAAGGGACUUUCUGUCUUCAGACUCUCUAAGAAGUGCAUCCUAUCGUAGUAGGGAGAUUAUGGGGAAAGCUGGUAAUAAUUUAACAUAUGAUAAGGACAUCUGCUUUUCUGACCAUACAUCUGAGGUUGAAGUGGAGAUCAAGACCAUUGAAUACCCCUAUGUGAAAAGAAGGGACAAGUUGCCUGAACCAAAAGAAAAAGAGAAGCCAGUUGGCCUGUGGUCGAUAAUCAAAGAAAAUAUUGGAAAAGAUCUAUCUGGAGUUUGUCUUCCUGUCUACUUCAAUGAACCACUUUCUUCCUUGCAGAAGUGCUUUGAGGAUUUGGAGUAUUCUUACCUGGUUGAUCGAGCAUUGGAAUGGGGCAAGCAGGGGAAUAGUUUAAUGAGAAUUCUGAAUGUUGCGGCUUUUGCUGUCUCUGGCUAUGCUUCAACAGAAGGUCGGCAGUGCAAGCCUUUCAACCCUUUGCUAGGGGAGACAUAUGAGGCUGACUAUCCAGAUAAAGGUCUCCGCUUCUUCUCUGAAAAGGUUAGUCACCACCCAAUGAUUGUUGCUUGCCACUGCGAUGGCAGAGGCUGGAAAUUCUGGGCAGACUCUAAUCUAAAAGGCAAGUUCUGGGGGCGUUCAAUCCAACUUGAUCCUGUUGGAGUUCUCACCCUUCAGUUUGAAGAUGGGGAGACAUUUCAGUGGAGCAAGGUCACCACUUCUAUAUACAACAUCAUACUUGGUAAAAUCUACUGUGACCAUUAUGGAACUAUGCGUAUCAAAGGCAGUGGUAAUUACUCCUGCAAGCUCAAGUUCAAGGAGCAGUCUAUCAUUGACCGAACUCCCCACCAG